GGAGAAUGGAGGUAUCGCCAUUGAGCUUUGACUAUGCUCAUGGCUUCCCUUCGCCUAUAGUCGCAUAUACAUACAUAGCAACAAUAAUACAUACACCAACAAUAAUCUCCAAUGAGGUCAGAUCUCUUUCUUUUAUCUUCCCACAAUAAUAAUAAUAAUAAUAAUCACCCUCACCCCACCCCUUAAUCCACCCCCAAUUUCAUCCAUUCUUCCUUCCUUUCUUUCACAUCAAUCAAACCAAACCAAACCCCUUUUCGUUUAUAUUCCUUCCCCCCUUAAAAAUCUCAGCUUUUUCCAUCCACCUAUUCGUUUAGUUUUUGUCGGUAAUAACCGUUAUUUCCUCAACCCUAGAUUUGUUUUUAAUUAGAGGGUUUAUUGUUUCCAGCAUUUGUUCUUCAUGGGUGAUGAUUUGUUAUGUGAUCGUACAGUUUGUAGUCAAGAUUAUGUGUUUUCUCCAAUAAAGAUUGGUGCUUGGACCGAUUGGUGCAGUAUGGAUGAUUAUGAGGAUAUGGGGUUUGAAUCUUUUGAUGAUUGUUUGAAUUUGAAUUUGAAUUUGAGUUUGAAUUUGGAUUUGAAUGGGGAAUGGAAGGAUGAUGUUAUUAAUAAGUUGCCUUCUGACCCUUUUGAGAUGAAUGUAAGUGGUGGGUGUACAAUGAUUAGGGGGUGGGUUCAAGAGGUUGAUGAGGAGGAUAUUGGAUAUGUUCAAUUUAGUGAAAAAAUAAUUGGGGAUGAGAUUAGUUUAGAUGAUGCAAAUGGGUUCUUUUUGUUUGAUGAAAUAUCGAAAAAAGUCGGGAGCUUGAUCAAGAAAGAUGGUGAUGAGGAGGUUGAGGUUGAGGUUGGUGAGCCUCAUGAUGCUUUGUUUUUGGCUCUUGGGCAUUUGGGAAUAAGGGAUUUGCUUUCGGUUGAAAGAGUUUGUAAGUCGUUUCGGGAUGGUGUUCGUCAUGAUCCGUUGCUAUGGAGGAAUAUAAGCAUUGAUCAACCGGUUGGGGAAUCGUUUACUGAUGACUCGCUUUUGAGGAUUACGAAUAGGGCGAAUGGUAGUCUUCAGUCUUUGAGUCUUGUCAAGUGUUUAAAGAUUACUGAUAUGGGUCUCAAGCAUGUUUUUCAGCAAAAUCUGGGGCUGAUGAAGCUAAACGUGGUGGGAUGUAAUGGGCUAAGUAUGGAAGGUCUCUUGAACAAUAUAAAAGCUUCCGGGGGAGGUAGUAUCAAACAGUUACGAAUAGGCGGGCUGCAUAGCAUAACAAUGGAGCAAUUUCAAGAAUUAAAUAAACUAUUAUCCUUAAACAACAAAAACAAGCCUGGUUCACCUAAACCACGGUUCUUUCAUGGUGGUCAGUUAUAUCUUUCAUUCGAUGAUAACCGUCCUAUCGACAUAGAAGCAUGCCCAAAAUGCCAUCAACUCAGACAAGUUUACGAUUGUCCAGCAGCAAGUUGUGGUGGGAAACAUAAUAACUGCAGGGCGUGUACAUUCUGCAUACCUCGGUGUACUAGUUGUGGGUGCUGCUUUAAUGAGCGGGAUUAUAUCGAAACGUUUUGUUUGGAUUUGCUUUGUUUGGAUUGUUUAACACGGUUUUUGAGGUUUCCAGACUGCUGCGAAGACGAGGAUAUUAGUGUUGGUGGCUUCCGUCAACGUCAGCGUCAACAAGCAAGUUAUCAUUUUUGCUUGUAUGGGUAGAUGGUAAACAGUUGUUUAUGGUUUCCAACUGUUUUUGGUCUGUUGGUAUCUGCUAGUAACUGAAAACUAGACGCUUGAGGUGAUUUUAAUCGAGUGUCAGUUGAAGAAAUUUGGUGGUUGGUUUUUGAUGAAAACAUGUAAACUGAGUGACCAUCUUGGUGGAUUCUUUAAAAAACUGGGAGAUUCUUGAAAAGAAAUCAGUUAUCUGUGAAUGUAAUUUGAUUUAUACUUGUGAAAGUUGUAACGAUGGUGAUCUAGGCCAGAUUGUAAUGUUAAUGCAUGUAUGCUUUUUGUUUGAAACUC